GCGCGUGCCUCUAGAUCACAUACUCGCGCGCACUCUCGUAGCUAACACGCUUUGUAAAGAACCUUAUAUUCUUUUAAAACUCGAAACCAAUGUUUACAUUUUAAAACCGUCUAAAAAUUCUGUAAAAAGCAAGUGUAAAGCGCCUUAUGCAGAUUCUAAGGAAUCGUAGUGACGUGAAAUGUUCUAUCCCAGUGUUAUUUGACCGGUGUUUCAUCGUUUAUGUGAUUUUCAGAACAUCUUUCGCUGAAAGAACUUCAUGAGAUUAUGCUUUUUUUUGGGAACUGAGUGCUAAUUUUCGUUUUUGCCACUGUACUCUGCUUACUUGUCGAGUCGCUCGCUACUGGAAGCGAAGCCACACUUUCUAAAGUAAUCCCCGUGAAUCGUCCCCGCUGGCAUACACCGCUGCCUGCCCGCAUAGGAUGGUAGAAACUGACCCUGGUUCUAAGAAUCUUCACAAUUGUGAUGUAAAAAGUGAUCACCAACUAAACGGACCAGGUUCCAAAACCAUUGACCUCGGCGUCCUGCCACCACUGAAGUCGCCUUCGAAGCUCGAUCCAGAAAAAGGCCCCGGCUCGGAAAAAGCUGACUUCGAACGGGCGAUAGAACAAACCGGAUAUGGACGCUUCCACUACCUGCUGUUGGCCGUGUGCGGGCUCGUCAGCACCUCGGAGGAGAUGGACGUCAUCUCCAUGUCCUUCAUCCUGCCGUCCGCGCAGUGCGACCUAAACCUCAACACGCAGACCAAAGGAUGGCUGAACAGUAUAAUCUUCAUCGGCAUGAUGGUGGGCGCGUACGCGUGGGGCUCGGUGGCAGACUCGCUGGGCCGCAAGCGCGUGCUCAUCGCCAUUUCCAUCAUCAACGGGCUCGCCAUCGUCGCUUCCUCCUUCAGCCAGAACUACGAGCUCUUCAUGCUCUUCCGCUUCAUCAAUGGUGCUGCGUUAGGAGGAUCAGGUCCAGUUAUCUGGUCGUACUUCGCAGAAUUCCAGCCGAAGAACAAGAGAGGAGCUAUGUUGAGUUUCAUGGCUGCUUUCUGGACACUUGGUAACCUGUUCGUCGCCGGUCUGGCUUGGGUUAUCAUUCCAAGUGGAAUCGGAGGUGAAACCGGAGGCUUCGUCUACAAUUCAUGGCGAAUCUUCCUGUUGGUGAUGUCACUACCUUCCUUCGUGGUAGCAGCUCUACUGUUACUUCUACCAGAAUCCCCCAAGUUUUUAAUAUCCACGGGGCGACACGACGAGGCCUUAGAGGUUUUCCGUAGCAUUUACAUGAUGAACACGGGUAGGGACAAGGAAUUGUACCCUGUUAAACAAAUUCUGGUAGACGAGCCCAUACACCUAAAACCAGAGAAAUUCGUAGAAGCUAAGGAAAUUAAGCCAAAGUCUAAGCUGAAGAAAAUGAUGGGAGAUAUCGUAGAACACAGCAAACAGCUGUUCGUACCGCCUAUAUUGAAAUUUACUACGAUCUCCAUUACAAUUAACUUUACAUUCCAUAUCGGAUACUACGGGUUGAUGAUGUGGUUCCCUGAAAUGUUCAACCGCUUCGACGAGUGGUCGAGGACCCACGACAAUGCUGAGGCAGACAUCUGCCAAGUCACAGCCUAUGUGACGCAGUACGGAACUCAUUCAGCGGAGGCAGCUUGCGAUUCGCAUAUACACUCCUCUGUGUUCAUGGACUCGCUGAUCACCGUGGCCGCUGCUAUACCAUCGAACAUCUUCGCUGUGUUGGGAAUGGACCGAUUGGGAAGGAAGUUCUUCUUAGUGUUCGCGACGUUCUCGGCGGGCCUGUGCUCCGCGGCGAUGUACUUCGUGUACAACAAGACCAACAACCUGGUGGUGAGCGCGGUGUUCAGCUCCGUCAUCUCGUGCGGCAACGCCUCGCUCGACUGCCUCAUCACGGAGGUCUUCCCCACCAACUUGCGUGCGACCGGUGUAGCCGUGUCAAUGGUAGCGGCGAGACUCGGCGGCAUCAUCGGCAACGUAGUGAUCGCCGCGCUGUUGGACAGCUACUGUCCCGCGCCCACUUUCAUAGUCGCCAUUCUGCUGGCCAGCGGCGGCCUCAUGUGCCUGUUCCUGCCCAACACCACGCGACAAGCACUGAAGUGACGAACUAUUCACACAUACUAACUACUCGGUCAAGCUAAGUUUGCACCUCGCGUCGAUUACGUCACACUGACGCUUAGGUACCGUACGGACGCGAUAAGACGACCGCGGGAAGGUGCGCGGGGAAGUGGGAGAGGCGCCGCAUUCCAGCGAGGUGCAAACUUAGCGCAACCGAGUCAAUGACGAGAACGGAGACAUGUAUAACGUAACAGGUUGCAACUGUUGCGUCAAGAGUUCAAGAAUAUCCUCAGAGAUACUCGAAGAAAGCCUCUUAAUCGAAAAUACAUACAUAAUUACAAUUGUUCACGGCGAUUUCAGGAAUCCAUAAAGUUCUGAAAAGUAUUUAUUAUUAAGUAAUGCCAAAAAUAAAGUAUAUUUAGCAAUAAACAAACAAAGCAAUAAAGAAUAUGUUAUGAAUGAAAUGAUCAAAUAUAAAAUAAUAUUACGAGUACGGAUGUAAAACAUCAAAAAACUUCUUUUUGUUUCUGAUUUUUAGUGCAGUGGUUUAUUAUAGAAAAUGUAGAAUACAAACUUACGUAAUGAAAUUGCUCAUGUAUUCAGUAUGAGGCAGAGAUCACAUAUAUUAAUUUUAUUUAACUCUGUUCAUAUGAUUCAAACGAUUCCUCGUUAACAAACGUUUUUAUAACGAGGAGUCGAUUGCUUAUAGGUUUAUUGUGAUGUGAUAUAUUUACCAUUAUCAUCGCACAAGUCAAUAAUGUAGAUAAUUUGAUUAUAUUUUGUAAAAUAUAUUUUUUUAGUAAUAUUUAA